GAAUUGUUGCCAUCCCAGGGCGCCCAGGCAGGUCUCUCAGCGAUAUGCCUCACGAAAGAACUCUCGAUCUGCCUCUUGACAUCAUACACCUUCGACGCACCCUCAGCGUAAUCGUACACCAGCAGCUGGUGUUCGCCAAGCGCGUAGUUGGUCACUAGAUGGCCGAUCCAGUUCGGCUCGCCUUGCUCCGCGUAUGUCACGCCUGGGAACUCCACUCCCAAAGGCUCGUCGUCACUUGGGAUAGGGCAUCCGACUCGAUGUCGGAAACCAACGUCCGACUCGCGCACAAGACAAUGAGGAAUUGGAGCUCCUUGUAUCCACACCAACUGGUCCCCCGCUGUACAGCGGUCGAAGGGAAACUCGGACGCAAGUCUGAAUUCAUUGAUGCCGUCUGCGGGGGUGAGGUAAAUCAGGGAGGGUGGCUGUCCGUGCAAGCUGUCAAUCAAUAAAUGAGCGAUCUCCUUUUCCUUUUCCGCUGAGUUCGAAAAAUCUUUCCCCGUGCCGUUUGCAGAGAAAGAUUUGGUCUGUUUAUCCAAGCGGAGCACCCACUAUUCAUGUUUUUCGAUCUCAACGUACCGGUCACACACGCGACACAACUGACUCACGCAUCCUCGAAGAAGAAUAAAGGCAAACAGCCUCAGCAAUUGAGCGAUGUAUCGUAUUCUCCAGCUCAGAUAUCUUCCAUAGAGGAACGGGUAGAUCUGUUGGUACAUCUGGGAUACACGGUUAUUGCCUUCAAUCAGACUGUGCUAAGUGCCGUUGUGCCCAAGACACACGUCAAUACUAUGGACAGUCUUGUUUCUAGCCUCAAGAAACGCACUGGAGUUGUGUUCCUCAAACGCCUGACGAUCAUAUUGGACCAGGACAGCGAGAAAGGGUUCGGAUUGAUACCCACAAAUGCGCCGCUCUUCAAAUCAUACGACCUCAUCGCGCUGGUUCCAACUAAUCAAGCGACCUUUUCACUUGCGUGCCUCACACACAGCCUACCCUCCGCGCUGACGGCGCACAUCAUCUGCCUACCGCUCACGCUACGGCUUGACUUCCGGAUGAAGCACACGCUUGUGCGCACCGCAAUCAAGCAUGGCGCGGUAUUUGAGAUCAACUACGUCGGGGCACUGGGUGGCGAGCACGAGCCAAUCGUCUCCGAGGCAGGGUACGCUGAGACUGGCCCUCAGGCGAAACGCAACUGGUGGGCGACGGCCAAGGAGAUCGUACGCGUCUCCAAAGGGAAGGGGAUCGUUGUCAGUGGUGGAGUUGUGGCCGAGGCCGAUCUGCGUGCUCCGAGAGAUGUUGCGAACCUGAUCACUCUCCUGGACAUGCCUCAAGACGCCGCCCAUAGCGCGUGCACCAAGUCUCCCAAGUCCCUCGUACUACGCGCCCAAACGCGGCAGACAUAUCGGGCCGUCUUUAGCGAACCCGUCCUGGUCGUACCAGAAGGUUUCAGCGCACCGGAAGUUGCGAUGGAAGAGAGCCCAGGAGAGCCUCAAAACAAGAACGAGAAGAAACGACCACGCGAAGACGAUGCCGUCAUGCCUAAUCUUGCAGCCGGUGCCUCGACGGUGCCAGAAAGCAACGCGGCUCGCAAGAAAAAGAAGAGGAAACAGAGUAAUCCGGCUGCAGCCAAGUAACAGUAGAACUGCCAUACCGAUACAUACAUUGCGCUUACGGGUCACCUGCUGGAGCUCACUGUCGACCGACUGGGUUGGAUAUCACCCGAGUGAAUAUUGUGCAUCUCCGAUUCGAGUGUUUACUUGAAAUAGUUGGAGCGAAAUUGAUUCUCGCAGUCCGUAAACAUCAGAUAAUCGACCGGAUGUUCACUAUUCUAUCAAGCUCAAGCUCUCUUCUCAUCUGGCAAAAGCUGAUGGGAAGUGAGAACCUGUCCGGAACCGGCUCGCUAGCACGACUGACCUUGCCAGGAUUCAUGAUGUCAUCUGGGUCGAUGGCUUUCUUGACUUUCCUCAUGAGGGCCACGGUGCCUUCCCCAAGCUCCUCAGUCAGAUACUCCUUUUUCCCAACCCCGACACCAUGUUCUCCGGUGCCUUGCGAGAAAGCUUCAGCGUACAACUCCUUCAAGAGCGAUGGGCUCACAAGUUCCGUCCAGAUCUAACGCAAGGUGGACCAGGCGGUGCACUGCGUCACCUACCUUUUCCAACUCCUUGUCGUCUUCAAACAGAAUCAGCGCAUGGAAGUUUCCGUCUCCGACAUGUCCAACAAUCGUGCUGCGAAGCCCAGCAUUUGCUAGAUCUCUCUUGCUUUCGAGGACGAGUCGUGGAAGAUUCGAGACGGGAACGCUGAUUCGCUCUUCUUCAAUUAUCUUUCGUGCCGAGAUAAAUCGACCACAAACCAGACAUCAGUCGUCCAGCACUUGCUUCCGGGAUAUGCAGCCAGUGUUGACAUGAGAGCAUACUUGCGAUUCUGCCAAAGGCUAUCCGCUUCAGCGUCGGUCGCUGCAAACUCGAAUUUGCUGCUGCCGUGUUUUUUAACGAUCGCUUGGAUGGUCUUCGAAGUAAGUUUGAUGGCAGCAUCGUCCCCUUGCAGCUUGAGAAAGAGAGUGUCCGUGACGGGAUAUGGCUUGUCAACGAGGCCACCUUUGUUGAUAGCAUCCAUCACUGGAGAGUAUCGAUCUCAGCCGCAGUCCGCCGCAAGCCAGCGAUGUCUUACUAUGAUUGUCCAAAAGCUCGACACACUCUGUCCGACCAUGGCGCAUUGAGCAUGUGGGCAACGCUCAGCUCUGUCACUCACGAACGUGGGAUCCGUAGGCAGAAUUGAGGAUCUCUUGAACCGCAUUCACAGCCUUGCCCACGUCUGGGAAUUGGGCCAUAGCCACUUUCGUCGGGAGGGCAGGAGCCAGUCGUAAUGUCGCCUCCGUAACAAUUCCGAGUGUCCCUUCAGCCCCAAUAAAAAGCUUUGUCGUAUCCCAGCCAGCAGACGAUUUGCGACUUCUUCUGCGAGUUUUGAUCACUUCUCCGUUAGGAAUCACGACCGUCUGCACAAGAGUUCAGCCGAUU